CCACCUGAUGACGGCAGCCGAGCGGAGGAGCUGUUGAGUUAGUGGCUGUUUGAGAGUGAGCGGCUAAAGUCCACUUGGAUUAUGACAAGCUGGAAACGGACAAAUCGAUUUUCUCGAGGAAUCUGGACACGAAUUGAGGCUUCUUCCCUCCUUGCUGCUGGGGCACACUGAAGGAACCCCAGAGUGAAGGAAAAGAGUGACAGCCCACGAGUGUUUAUCUGAAGAGGUGAAUGUCUUUGUGCACACGUGCGACCUGUUAAAGGAGAGUUUCUACCCGAAGAGACGCCAAGCAGAGAUGCGGGUAGCUCACUUCAUGGCAGCGAUGCUCCUGUUGCUCACUUUGUUGUGUGCAGUGGCGACUGGCUUUCCAUUCAGAACACCUCUGGACCUGGACGUGACUCCACGUGUCACCGUCCUGCGCAAUGGUCUCCAGGGCUACAGGCGUUUUGCGUCUUCUGCAGUCAACUACAGCACGAUGCUGCUGGAGGCUGACAGUGAGCGACUUUACGUGGGGGCCCGUGGGGCCGUAUUUGCUCUGAAUGCCUCUGACAUCUCACCCGGCUCCGCUCUCACUAUCAAGUGGGAGGCCUCCACUGAGCAAAAGCUUCAGUGCGUGCUCAAGGGAAAAGACAAUAAGACAGAGUGCUUUAAUCACAUCCGCCUCCUGCAGAGGUUUAACUCUACGCACCUGUACAUGUGUGGGACUCACGCCUAUAUGCCCCUCUGUGCAUUUGUUGAUGAAAAGAGGUUUGUUAUGUCCUCUCAGCCUGAAGAAGGCAAAGAUAAAUGUCCUUAUGGACCAACAACAGGUUACACUGCCCUCAUUUUAGACCAGCAGAUAUACACGGCUUCCCGGUAUGACUUCUGGAGCUUUCCAGAUAUUCGCCGAAACGCUCCGUCUCCCGCUCUGAAGACUGAGAACGCUCCCACACGCUGGCUGAAUGAGGCAGACUUUGUGGGUUCAGCUCUUGUCAGGGAGAGUUUGGGCAGCAGCAAUGGAGACGACGAUAAGAUCUACUUCUUCUUCACUGAGAAGAGCCAGGAGCAAUCUACAACCUACAGCCACAGCAGGGUUGCUCGUGUUGCCCGAAUUUGUAAGGGAGACCGAGGAGGCCAUUUGACUCUCCAGAAACGAUGGACGUCCUUCCUAAAGACGAGACUGACUUGCUCUCUGCCCGAGUACGACUUCCACUUUAACAUGCUACGCAGCAUCUUCGUAAUGCAUGGCCUCACCCCACAGGACACUCUGUUUUACGGCAUCUUCGGUUUGGAGUGGAAAAACGUGAAGGCGUCUGCAGUGUGUCGGUUCUCUUUGUCUGAAGUCCAAGAAGCCUUCCGAGGUCCCUACAUGGAGAGCCAGGAUUCCGGCUCCACCUGGAAGGAAUAUGUUGGAAAAAUCCCUGAGCCACGACCUGGAACUUGUAUCACUGGCAAACUGAGGGCUAAGGGCAUGAACGUCUCCACGUCCCUACCUGAUGAAGUCCUAGAUUUUGUCAGACGGCAUCCUCUAAUGUCCCGUCAGGUCCUGCCUGCAGACAGACGUCCCCUCUUGUUCAGGAGGACAACAGACUACACACAUAUGGCAGCAACUGUGGUCCAGGGAGUAGACGAGCAAAUGUACCAUGUUUUAUAUAUGGGCACAGAUGAAGGUUGGUUGCACAAAGCAGUAGCCAUCAAAGGUCAGCUGCACAUUAUCGAAGAGUUGCAGCUGUUUGACAAACCAGAACCUGUUACCAACGUUCUACUGUCUGCAGAGCGGACGAGUGUGUACAUCAGCUCCUCAUCAGGCGUUGUUCAGCUGCCUCUGUCUAACUGCGAGAGAUACACUUCCUGCUAUGACUGCAUAUUUUCCCGGGACCCUCACUGUGCCUGGAGCGGAGCCGAGUGUGUGGACGUAAUGACUCAGUCGAACAGAUCCUCUUUAAUCCAAGACAUCCAGCAUGGCAGAACGGGGUGUGAGAACACAGGAUACGAUGUGGUCCAGCAGAACCGAUCUGUUCGGGUCGGCGAUGACGUGCUGCUGCAGUGCGAGCUCAACUCCAACCUGGCGACUCCGUUUUGGACGCUGAACGGCGGCGAGGUGCAGGGCUACGACCUCGGCUCCGGCUUCAGGACAGGAACGGACGGCCUGCUGAUCAUCAAGGCCCGGCAGGACCAGAGCGGCCUCUACGUCUGCCACGCGGUUGAGAACAAUGUUAAGGUUGCCGUAGCAACCUAUGAUGUAACCAUCAGCCUGGAUGUGCCUCCUCCUCCACUCACAGAGCGAACGCGGAACUUUGUUGCCACAGUACCAGGUACUGAGCAUCCCUCAUCUGAUGGGGCACACUCCCUCCUCCUGCUGUCCCCCAAGAACAUGGAAGCCAUGUAUCUGUCCCUCAUCACCAUCCUCGGUGGGCUUUGUGUGGUCCUCACCGUUGUGCUUGCUUAUGUGGGCUUCUGCUUGCGGCCAGACCAGAGAGGGAAAUACUCUCUGCGUGCCGCAGCCGCAGCGCACCCGAGCAGCAAGAGGAGCAGCAGGUGCAAAAAGCAGCACAGGAACUCCACCCACAUGGAGCUGAAGACCGUCUCUAGCCGCUGCAACGGCGUCUGCAAUGGAGUUUCCAAGCUGCAUAACGGACACAUCCAGGACGGAGGCUUUUUGCAGAUCGUUCCCGGUGAGGCUCAGACUUUAGCGAGUAACGAUCCUCCUCCCCCGGCGCCUCCUCUGCCUCCCACACCGCAGCACACGUCUCCAGAGUGUGACUUCCCCAAUGGGCUGUCAGCCACGCUGCCCAGCGUUCUGAGGCGAAUGAACGGGAACAGCUACGUGUUGCUGAGGCAGAGCGACUCAGAAAACACUUCUCCGCUCUCCCACUGCUUCUCCGAGGAGCUCAACAGGAUCUUGGAGAAGAGGAAGCACACUCAGCUGUUGCCCAGGCCAGAUGAGAGUUCAGUGUAGAGACAUGUGGCUCUUUUGUUGAGGGGGUCUGGCAUUGACUCCCUCAUUGCUAUUGCCUAAAGCAAUGAAAGAGUCUCAUUUCCAUAAUUUACCUUUGAUUAUAUUUGACAGCUCUGCCUUUUGAGCUAAUGAGCCGUUUUUGUCUUCUGAAUGACCAAACCUUCUCAAUACACUAGAAAUGAAAAUGAAACUUCCCAGUGAAGGUCAGAGCAAGAAGAAGGAAAUAAAAUGCAAUCUACCUCACCUUUACACUGCCUGAAGAGACAUGUCCUCAAAACCACAGUCAGCUCUGUAAAUCAGUGCUGGAAUACUAUGGAUCUGUGAAGAACAAAGCCGGACACACACUGACUAGCCAGAAGUGGGGAAACAAAGAAAUCCAAAUAUAAUUGAAGAGGGAAGUUUGACCAUAGGGCAGCUAGCAAAGCUUGUUUUUACAUGAGCUACUGCACAGAUGGGCUAUGCAUUUUUAAAACCUGACAUUCACUAAUUAGAAAUAUGGAUGUAACUGGAAAUGAUAGAAUUUCACUAUCAGGCUGUCGUUACUGGUGGCCCUUAACGUCUGUCAUCUGCUUCUUGAGUGAGUCUGUUCUGCCGUCGUCAGACUUCACCUUUAACCUCGUGACAUUUGCCCUCCUGCACUGUAGCCUUCGUUACUCCAGCUUGUAGCUGAUUGCACGGAUGUCACAACAACGGGAAUUUUCCCAUCAGCUAAUGUCGUGUCUGUCUGUUGGGGCCAGAGACAAGCUGGAGAGACGGCCGGAAAACACUGAGGACAGCGGCAUCAUGGGAAACGAGCACGAAGAGAAGCACCAGAUGAAUUCAAACUGUUUUUAAUAUAACAGUCAGUUAGAAACUAUGAGUGAGAAAUGGUUGGAAUAUUCAAGAUGUAUUAUUAAUAUUGAAAAUUAACCAGUUUUUAUUUCGCAUCUGUGUUUUGAUAGCAUUACAUUGCAGUGCAUUAAUGUUUUUGUAAUUUAUUUAUCUGUGAAGGAUCAAAUCUACAUCAUAACCUGAAACUUCCCAGUGUCAUGGUAUUCUAAUAAAAAGAUUUAAAGCAAAAAGUUCGACAAGCCACAUGUAAAUUUAAAACAGUGUUAACAUAAGAAAAGAGCUGCCUGGUUUAUACCAGCUGUUUCUGUCCUCCACAGCUUCGCAUGUCAGAGGUGCAAGCGAUAUGCAGGGGGUGUGUAAUGUUGUUUUAGCCGCUCGCGCAGAUCUCCAUUUUUGCAACAGUUUGCACGUGUGCGAGCGGUGCUCACCAAACUUGAAGAGCAGGAACGUAAUCUGAAAGCUUGUUUGCUUUAACACAUUCAUAGCUGAACAUUACGAAGGUUCACUCAAGGUUCAAUUUCCCGCUGUUCCAACUGACAAACAGAAAUAUUUCCAAGGAAAUGAAGAAUUUGUCUUCCUUUUAAGAAUGAGAUGAUGUAGAAGCCUUCUUUCAGGCAGCUGGGCAGCAGUGCACAGCAGUGGAUGGGGAAAGACACCGAUACCAGGAAACACUCAUGCACUUUCUCUAGCAUAGCAUGAGAGAAAGAUUUAGCAGUUCUCUACUUGUUUAAAAACCUUAGCAAACCUUGAUACUGGUAACCAGCCCUGGUCUUAUCUCUUGCAUCAUUCAUGCAUAUAUAGAAAUGACUACAAAACGAUGUCAUGGUAGUAAAAUUGUCCUUACUGCUGGCAGAUUUAGGUUUACGUAAUGUUUUCAUUUUACCUACAUGUUUCGUCUGACUGGAUGUAAUAUUAAUACCUAUUCAGUAACUACAAGAAGGUUUGAUGCAGUCAAUAAAAAUGACUAUAGAGAAUGAUGUAAAUAACUUUGGACAUGCCAUUUUUUUACUGAAAUAGAAAUACAACUUUUUUUCAAAACUGAUUCCUUCUAUAUUCUUUUGUCACCUCUUAAGAGAUCCCUCUCAUUUGCAAUGAAAAAUGCAUUUCUUGGUUGAAUGAAAAUUAUCAUUGAACUAAAUCUGCCAGGGUUAUGAAUACCAUUGGGCUUAAAUAUAUCUGCAAACACAGUCAGACAUUGUAAUUAUUGUAAUAUGUGAAGUUCUUGGCAUAUGAUAAAAGGUUUAUUCUUAAACCUGCACUCAUGUUUUUGCCCCUGUUUUUAUAAAAUGUUUCACUAUUAUAUACUCUACUAAAGAAAAACACUAAUGUUCUAUUGCAUUCAGCAAAGCUCAGUUGGCAUGGAGUUAAGUUUUGAUGGAAAACCUGACGGCAUUAUUCUAUUGUUCUUGUGCACUGAUGUAAAACACGAGCAGCGGUUGUUUCUACCUUUUCGUUCCUCCCCAGUGCAGCGACGCAUGUUGCAGCUGUGUCUGCAGGACGCCGUUUGACACAGCGAAGCCAAAGGAAGCCCAGCGACCGAACCGAGCCUGAACGCACCACCGAGGCACGCCUGGCAUGAGAUCGCAGCGCAGAGAGCCGACAGACUGCAGAGCACCGAAGCAGCCAAGGUUCAUAGUUGUGUUGUCUCACCAGCUCAUCUCCCACUCAGGGCGCUCUGCCAGACAAGCACUUAGAAAUAUGGACUGAGGAAUUAAGAGCUGAUGACCACAGAAAAACACUGAGAGCAAAAUGUUUCUUGAACUGCGCAGUGAAGGUUCUGAUAUUCUCUAAUAUUAAACAGCUGCUGAUGUCUGCUUCAAAUGAACACCUUAUCAAUCAGGACAAAGUUACAGCCUAACACUCUUAAAUUAUAAAAUAUAAUGAACACUGGCGUUUCAUUUCUAGAAGCAGAUUAAAUGUAGUUUAAGCCAUGACUCAGAUAAUGCACCUCAGCUCUGUUGAUCAAUGGAAAGAUUAAUACAUGGUGGAUUGUGACACAGAUAUGGUCAUUAUCCCAUUCAGUCUCCCCAGUUUUGUUUCCUUGCGUCUUCUUCUGUCAGAGCGCAGCAAUAAUUAGGCAUUCGUCUUGUGACGAGAAGAGCUCACCAGAGAGCAGGAGCCCUCCCAAGAUAUUUACGCUUUGCUCCGCUCUUACGUUUCCAAUUACUUUCUCAUCCCCUCGAGCUUACAGUCUGGAGUUUUUAUUAUUCUAAAAUGAAAAUGUACAAACAAGUACACAUGACUCCCCCUUACCCUCAUGGAUACGCAUGCAGCAGAUGAAGAUUUUAUCAGUUCUUCCUCGUGUUUUUUUGUGUGGUGGAUUGAGCUGAAGAAGCCAUGGAUUAAAUUAUUUGCACUAUCUGCUCUACAUGUCCCACCAUCAUUCUACCAAUAGGAAAGCACUUAGUGAUGUCUUGUAACAUUUCACAAAGUUGGAACACAAAUCUUUGACCAGUCCUCUGCACAAUCCCUGCUGUCUGCUCUCUUGCACUUUCUAACCCCAAAUGUUUUCUUAAAAUUUAGAUAAAGAAACCAAAUCACCAUUUCAAAUGUAAGUUUCUCUGUAGCUUUGGUUGUUCCGUCACCUUUACUUUUACAAUUCGUUGCAUUGGAUAGCUGUAUUAUUUUGUCUUUUGGCAAGACUUUGGAUGGCUUUGCAAAACACAAUUCUUGGAGAUCUGAGCCUUGAUCGGAGUCAAAACAGGAAAGAGACUCACUGACCUUAUUCCAUAACACAAAGCACAAAGUGAACACACUGAUGUGGUUUUGUUUUAUUUGUCAGUGCUUGUUAGGCAGGUCUGAUGCCAGCUGCAUAACUAAGAGAGGCCCGACUGACACCAGGAAUAUUUUUCUGUUUGUCUCAUUUGCAGAUAUGAUGAAUACAAAGAAGUCUGUCUGCCAGCCCGUGUCAGAGGGCAGCACUGGCCACAUACAUGUUCUUUUGCAACGAUCUUCAACACCAUGGAAGCAUGACAAAGUCAGAAUCAGGCCUCUGUAAGGGCUACAAUAUAAGAGUUUAGACUUUAGCUUCUGAAAAUAUUUUUCUGCAGCGCGUUGUAUGUCCAGGCUGCGGAUCUUUGUGUGCAGAGCGUGUCAUUGAAUCUGUUAGCCGCAUACUUAUUAAACUAAAUGCAAAAUGUAUUGACCUUUUCUCAUCCUUCUCUCACUGCAUGAAUUAUGUUCAAGCAGUGUUGGUUGAAGACGAGCAAGGAUAGCUCAUGUUAGAAUUAGAAAAGUGAAGCGGUUCAGGUUUAAAUGUGCACUGUGGUCCUAUUUUAUCAUAAAAGGGGUUUUAAAAAUAAGAGCACAAUUAUUUUGUAGUUUUGCAUAUUGUAUCUUUUGUUAGAGUUGUUAAAAUGUAAUGACACCGUGUUGCGCCAAAUGUAAUAAAUAGAAACAAUUUAACAGAAAGCAUGCAAAAAUACUUCUUAUCUAAUAGUAGAAGAACAAUAAACAACAUUUUAUGAAUUUGUCACUUUAUUCCUAAUGUCAUACUGAAGAGUUAUUGCAAUUUCCUUUUCACUCUGUCUUUUUAAUCCCCGUUUGCAUGUUACACCGUGUGUGUGCAAAGAAAACUCAUUUUCUGAACUAACAAAGAAUAAUGGGGCAGUGCUCUCCUUCACAUUUCAUGCAUCACAAAAUUAAAUAAAGAUUUGUACUUAAAUCUC